GGCAGCGGGUUCCGGGCGGAGCGGAGCCACAUUGGGCAGCGCCGCGCGGGGUUCUGGGAGAAGGGGCCGUCCCCGCCGCCGCCCCCCGCCCGUCCUCCGGCCAAGAUGUCUGACAUGGAGGAUGAUUUCAUGUGCGAUGAUGAGGAGGACUACGAUCUGGAAUAUUCUGAGGACAGCAAUUCUGAACCAAAUGUGGAUCUGGAAAAUCAAUACUACAAUUCCAAAGCUUUGAAGGAAGAUGACCCCAAAGCAGCAUUAAGCAGUUUUCAGAAGGUUUUGGAGCUUGAAGGCGAAAAGGGAGAAUGGGGAUUCAAAGCUCUGAAACAGAUGAUUAAAAUAAACUUUAAAUUGACUAACUUUCCUGAAAUGAUGAAUAGGUAUAAACAGCUAUUGACCUACAUACGGAGUGCAGUUACAAGGAAUUACUCUGAAAAAUCCAUCAAUUCUAUUCUUGAUUAUAUCUCUACUUCCAAGCAGAAUUCUGAUUUUUUAUGUCAGAUGGAUUUGCUUCAGGAAUUCUAUGAAACAACACUUGAAGCUCUGAAAGAUGCUAAGAAUGAUAGAUUGUGGUUUAAGACAAACACAAAGCUUGGCAAAUUAUAUUUAGAACGAGAAGAAUAUGGAAAGUUACAAAAGAUUUUGCGUCAGCUGCAUCAGUCAUGCCAGACUGAUGAUGGGGAAGAUGAUCUAAAAAAAGGUACUCAACUAUUGGAAAUCUAUGCUUUGGAAAUUCAAAUGUAUACAGCACAGAAAAAUAACAAAAAACUUAAAGCACUAUAUGAACAGUCAUUGCACAUCAAGUCAGCCAUUCCUCAUCCACUGAUCAUGGGAGUUAUCAGAGAAUGUGGAGGCAAAAUGCACUUAAGAGAAGGAGAGUUUGAAAAGGCACAUACUGAUUUUUUUGAAGCAUUCAAGAAUUACGAUGAAUCAGGGAGCCCCAGAAGAACCACUUGCUUAAAAUAUUUGGUCUUAGCAAACAUGCUCAUGAAGUCUGGAAUAAAUCCAUUUGAUUCUCAGGAGGCUAAACCAUACAAAAAUGAUCCAGAGAUUCUAGCAAUGACGAAUUUAGUAAGUGCCUAUCAGAAUAAUGACAUCACUGAAUUUGAGAAGAUUCUGAAAACAAAUCACAGCAACAUCAUGGACGAUCCCUUCAUAAGGGAGCACAUUGAAGAGCUUUUGCGAAACAUCAGAACACAAGUGCUUAUAAAAUUAAUUAAGCCUUACACAAGAAUACAUAUUCCUUUUAUUUCUAAGGAGUUAAACAUAGAUGUAGCUGAUGUGGAAAGCUUGCUUGUGCAGUGCAUAUUGGAUAACACUAUACAUGGCCGAAUUGAUCAAGUCAACCAGCUCCUAGAACUGGACCAUCAGAAGAGAGGUGGUGCACGUUAUACUGCGUUAGAUAAAUGGACCAACCAACUAAAUUCUCUCAACCAGGCUGUAGUCAGCAAGCUGGCCUAACAGAAACCAAGCUUCUACAAACGUACUUAAGGCAACAGUGCAGUGAUGUAAACCUUAAAAGAACUGGGAAUGGCAAAACUACUGUCGGUUGGUGUGCCCUGAAAUUAUUGGAGUUAUGGCAGAAGUGCUUUUUUGAUCAGCUGGUUUGUGUUUUGCUGCUGCAUUUAUCCCAAGAAAAAAACAGCUUUAAUCUCCAGAAGAAAACCAAAAUGCCACGGGAUUUAUGCUGUAUUGACAUCUUGCCCUAAACAUACAACAUCCUAGUAAUUUGUCAAGGGGCAAUUAAUGACCAGAGAGAAGAUUUUUGUCAUGAUUUUAAGUACACUGACACGUUACUGUUGGUUAAAUUUAAAUAUGUUUUACCUGCAGAAAUUCUCUCACAGAAAUAACCUGCAAUAACUUGAAAUGCAUACCCUUUUGAACACUUCCUUUUCUCAUGUAUAAAUUGAAAUGUUUGCUGCAUUUUGCAAAAUGUCAAUUCUCCAAAAAUGUGUCCAUAUAUUUCUGUACCUGCAGUGUAGUAAAGGUUUAGAAGAAACCCCAUAAUUAUAGUGGCAUACUGUCACUUAGGUUUCAAGCAGCAAAAUAAACAGUGCAGUUCAGAAAUUGUA